AUGGCUCCAUAUAAUGUGCGCUGGGGCAUUAUGGCCACCGGCGGAAUCGCUAAUGUCUUCGUACGAGACCUAUUGAAAGACCCCAACACCCGCGGCGCCUCGGACAUCUCUCACAGCGUGGUGGCUGUGGCAUCGUCGUCUUCCAAGCCUCGCGCAGAAAAGUUCAUCUCUGAUACGGGCAUUCCUGGCUCCUGCGUGGCCUACGGCUCUUAUGAGGAACUCGUGGCGGAUAGUAACGUGGACGUGGUGUACGUGGCAACGCCACACUCCCACCACUUCCAGAACGCCAUGCUGGCCCUCGAGGCAGGCAAGAAUGUCCUGUGUGAAAAGGCCUUCACCGUCAAUGCAGCUCAAACUAAGAUUCUAUGUGAGACGGCCCAGAAAAAGAGCCUGUUCCUCAUGGAAGCUGUCUGGACCCGGUACUUCCCGCUGAGUGUCCAGGUUCGCGAGCUGAUCCAGAACGGGGCCAUCGGAGAGGUACUGCGUGUCAUGGCUGAUAACAGUUUCGGCGACGAUGUCGAAGUGCAGUGGGGUACGAAACAUCGCAUGGUCAACAUGGACCUGGCAGGAGGUUGCUUGCUGGAUCGUAUGUCCUCACCCGUCCUCCUCGUUCUUCCCUUUGCUUUCGUCCAGGCUGCAGGACUAAUUCGUUCACUUGCAGUGGGUAUCUACUCCUUGACUUGGGUCUUCCAGACUCUGUAUCACACCCUACCCCGAGCCCAGCGGAAACCACCCUCUGCUAUCUCGGCCCACAUGACCCCAUACCACCUUACUGGUGCCGAUGAGGCAACCACUAUUCUCCUCACUUUUCCGACCAGCACGCCCUCGAAUCUCCAACAUCCAGGCCAAUCGCAGGCCGUGGCCAUGACUCACCUACGGGUCUCGACUGACCCUGAUGAGCACAACUCCUCCGGUCCCUGUGUUCGCAUCCAGGGCACCAAGGGUGAGAUUCAGGUCUAUGGGGCCGCAUUCCAGCCAGAACGGUACCGUCUGAUCCCUAAGAAAGGCGAAGGUGAGAUCAAGGAGGUGGAGUGUCCUUUCCCAGACUCUGGGAGAGGCAUGUACUGGGAAGCCGAUGAGGUGGCACGGUGUUUGCGAGAUUGCAAGCUUGAAAGUGACACUAUGCCCUUGGAGGAGAGCAUCGUUAUCAUGGAGGUCAUGGAUGAGGUCAGACGUCAAGGUGGUUUGGCUUAUCCUGAAAAGAUCGAAUCCACCGUGUACCCUACUCGGCUAUAG